GCGGUAACUGAUACGGUACGGUAGUUAAAUUUCAUCCUCCUAAAUUGUUGUGGAAAUGAAAUGUGCAUCACCGUAUACUGCAUUGAAUAGAUCUUAAAUCAAUCUAAAAUUUGUUAAUUAAAUAAUUUGGAAAAAAGACAGUGCUUGCUGCAAGACAAGACAGAGUGGUGCAGUCAUGGAUUUAAUUGUGGAUAAAGUGAACCACUUUAAUGAGUUCUACACAUGGGCUCUCUCAGUGUCAGACAAGCGAGUGGAGGACUGGUUUCUCAUGCAAGGUUACGCUCCGACGCUCAUCAUUACAGCCAUAUAUGUCAUCUUCGUAACAAAGAUCGGGCCAAAGUUCAUGGAGAACAGGGAACCAUAUAGACUGAAGUGGCCUAUAGUUAUUUAUAACUUUGUUUGUAUAGCCAUCAACUUUCAUAUAUGUUCGCAGCUAUUAUAUAACACGACAAUGGUAGGGUACAGCUAUUCCUGUCAGACUGUUGAUUAUUCUGACAAUCCUUAUGAAGUUAGAAUUGCAAAGGCACUCUGGUGGUUUUAUUUCUCAAAAUGUAUAGAAAUGUUGGACACAGUGUUUUUUGUAUUACGUAAAAAGAAUAACCAAGUUAGCUUUUUACACGUUUAUCAUCACGCCACGAUGUUCCCAAUAUGGUGGAUGGGAGUAAAGUGGGUAGCUGGUGGCCAGUCAUUCUUCGGUGCCAUGGUUAAUUCGUUCAUUCAUGUGAUCAUGUACACAUACUACGGAAUUGCUGCCCUUGGACCACAAUACCAAAAAUACCUCUGGUGGAAACGAUACCUGACCAUUAUUCAACUGAUCCAAUUUUUCGCUGGUAUGGUGUAUGGUCUACAGGGCAUUAUUAUUGAAUGUGAUUAUCCAAGAUGGAUGCUGUGGACGUCCCUCGUGUACGGUGUUACGAUAAUCACCCUUUUCUUAAACUUCUAUAUUCAAGCUUAUAUAAAGAAACCAAAUACAACUAAGGUUAAAGAAGUGGAAGAGAAGAAAAAAGGAGAAGUUGCAAAUGGAGUUUCAAACGGGCACACAGAAAGUAAAAAGAAAAAGUGAAUUAUCCUCAUUAGUUCAGAUAUGUCUCGUUAACGUAACAAACUAAGUUAAGGGCGCAAUACUCUUCAGAAUGACUUUAUACCGGUAUUUGUCAGGACUUUCAUUUUUUGAGCCGAGUCACGACAAAACCAACAUAAUGGGUUUGCGACCAGCAUGGAUCCAGACCAGCCUGCGCAUCUGCGCAGUCUGAUCAGGAUCCAUGCUGUUCGCUUUCAGUUUCUCUACUUGUUAUAGGGUUUGUAAGCAAACAGCAUGGAUCCUGAUCAGACUGCGCGGAUGCGCAGGCUGGUCUGGAUCCAUGCUGGUCGCAAACCCAUUAUGUUGGUUUUGUCGUGACACGGCUCAAUCAUAACAGCAUUGGCCUAUAGUGCCGGCUGAAGCUGAUGCUAUCUCGUCAAAUGUCUGCGAUGUAGUUAGUAUAUUUUAUGUGUUCCGAGUUAAGAUUUUUUUUUAAAAUUUCUUUUAAAGGAAUUUUUUGUUUUUUGUUUUGUGCAUUUUACGUGCAUGACAUUUUACAAGAAUUAGGAUGAUGUCACUUUAAAAUACUAGUAUAUAAGCAGUAAAACCUGUUACUGCAAUAAGAUAACGAAAUAUUUCUUGGAUCAUUUUACUGUACAACUUUAUACAUGCUGAACUUUAUGAACAAUUUAAUGGUCUUUGACAACAGGUUACCUGUAUUCACAGGUUAUAAAUUUAACACAUGGUUUAAAGAGUCAAAAAAGUGGCCUGGUUCACAGGUUAACAAAUUCUAAAAUUAGAAACAAAAAGCCGGCCUCAAGAUUAUUUAACUUUUUUUCUGAGUUCUGUCUCAAAUCUCAGGAUUUUCAUUGGUCAGUGAACAUUCUGUGACGGUUUCUGACCAAUCAAAUGCCUGAGAUCUGAGGUUAAUCUUAGAGAAUUUCUUUAUAACCUUCGACCUUGUCUAUGGUCUCUGUUCAGAGGUGGUCUGUGAUAAGAGAUUUUACUUUAAAACACAUCUACAGAUCUUUGUCAAUAAAGAAAAUGAUUGCAAAAUUUCAGAUUUGUAAAAAUGUAAAAUAUUCUGAAUUUGAAAGUUUUUAUUGUUUUUGGUUUGCUAUACAUGUUAUAAGCUCUCGGUUAAUUAGUUUAUAUAAUGAAAAAGACUUACAAAUCAUGUGUUUUGCUGAAAAAGAAUCUUUUUUCAUUUAGAAGAUCUGAUAUACUAUUUUGUACUUUUUUUUCAAUAAAUUUAUUGUUAUUUGUGAAAGAAUUUUUUAUAGCUUUCAUUUAAAUCUGAAUUUUUUUUUUUUUCACUAAAAUCAUUAAAAUUUUAUAUACCAGUAAUUAUAAUUAUAUCUCCUAUUUUGUUGUGUAUUGUAGAAAUCCAUUUUUGCUAUUUGGUCACCUAUCGCCGAAAUCCACAGAUUUAUUUUCCGUCCCCAUUAAAACAUUGUUCAUUCUGAAGCCAUGACAAUUUAAAAGAUUACAGUCUAGUGAUGAUGCAUAAAUUAUGUAUUAUAUAUAUAUAUAUAUUUUUUUUUUUUCAUUUUUUUUCUUUUUUUUUUUUUUUUUUUUUUUUUUUUUAUGAAAAUCAUUUCAUUUUUUAUUCAUUGUGAGCGUGUGAUAGUUACGUUAUAAUUAUUCUGUGAAACAGAUAUGCAAUUACACAUGGGCAAUAUUAGAAUACAAUCAUAGGAAAAUGUUGAAUAUUUUUUAGAUAUUGUAUUGUAAUAGCCAGUUAUAUUUUGUAUAUUUUCAAUAUUGCUCAAACUUUGAACCUGCAAUUUUUGUUAACUUUGAUGAAAGUCUGAUAUAUAUAUUUUUUAAAUUAUUUUUUUUGGGGUGAAAAUAUAACCUGAUUUUGUGAAAUGGACUUUUCCUGCUUUGAAUUUGGAACAGUCCAUUAGUAAUUUCAGGGAAUUCAAUCUAACCCUUUACCUUCCGGAUCUAAAAAUGAUUUAACUUUUGCCACCAGAAUAGAGCCAGGCCAGCCUGCAGAUCCAGGCAGUCUGACCAGACUCUAUUCUGUUGGCUGACUUACUUUAAAUUUUUAUCCUGAUAUACCCAAAUUGAUAAUUGACAGUUCCAAAAAAUGGAAACUGGACAAGUUCAUUUAAGAAAUUCAGGGGGUUAAGGGUUAACAAUGUUUAUUCUGAGCAUCAAACAGUAUAUAGUCAGGUCAGACAUCAAGGUCGUACAAGAUGGCAUAGGUCUGAAACUAUAGUUAUUAGUGCAGUAGUAAGUAUUUGAUAUUUUUGAUAAUUUCACUGAAUUGUUUAGAUAUUCAAGAAUGUAAAAAUGUUGCCUUAGUGCAGUAACGGGUUAAGUCCUUCAAAAUUUACUAGAAGUUAACCAGUUAUUGGACUACGGUGACUAAUGAGCGUGGUUUUGUCUACAACUCUUAUAUGACCAUCAGAUUGUUAAGUAUAUUUAAAACUAUAUUAAUUUUUUAUUGGAAUUUUAUAUUCUGAUAUUUGCAUACAUGUAGUUUGAAUGAAAAAGGAAAUGAAUGAAAUGGCACUAUGUUAUGUUAGAAAACUAUGAUUUUUAUUAUUGAUUUUGCAGUGAUUAUAAACAAUUGCAUAUUAAGAAUUGUUAAAGUUACUAUCUCUGGACUGCAAGUGUUCUAAUAAAGACAAAUGAGCCGCGACAAAACCAACAUAGUGCGUUUGCGACCAGCAUGGAUCCAGACCAGCCUGCACAUCCGCGCAGUCUGAUCAGGACCCAUGCUGUUCUCUACUUGUAAUAGGGUUUGUAAGCGAACAGCAUGGAUCCUGAUCAGAUUGCGCAGGCUGGACUGGAUCCAUGCUGGUCGCAAACCCAUUAUGUUUGUUUUGUCAUGACACGGCUAAAUUAUUUUCUGAACAGUACGUGGAUAACUUAUAAGUGUAGACAUUACACCUGAAUUUCAUACCCUCUUACACAUAAGGAUUUUCAUAUUGUAGUCAUAUUUGUGUGUAUGUGAUACAUCCAGUAUUUACAGGUAUAUUACAAAAUGAAAUAUUUUAUAGUGUCUAAAAACUUUUAUUAUUUAUAUUUAUAUUAAUUUUGUGAUGAAUUAUUUUUAUCAUAUUUAUACUAUUUUGAACUUGCUGAUUUUGUUACUGCUUAAGUUAUUUUGAUAAAAUCUUAAUAUAGUUAUAUUGUUUUGUUAUUUGAUAAAUUAUAUAGUUAUAAUAAUCAUAUAAUUAUUCAAAAUGAUCAAUUUACAUCAUAUGUAUAUUAUCCAUUAUUUUCUACUUUUGUAUAUUUUUUUUAAUGAUAUUUUCAUGUAAAUAAAAUAUAUUCUUUUUUGAAAUUUCCUUUUUAUAAAUGAUGUCCAGUGAUUACCAUUCCAUAAAACCCCUAUUGAAUGUUUAAGUGGGUGUUACCAUUCAGAUAAUUUAGUAAUUUAAACCAAAUUACCUUUAAAUGUGUGAGUUAUCAUCCAUUCUUACCUGUAAUUCAAAGAUUAUUUAUCAAUUCCAUCAUUUUGAUGCUUAAGUUGUUAUGCCUCCAGAUGAACCAAAAUAUUUCAAGAAAAUCAAACUUGAGAAAAAAUGUAUUGAGGUUUUAUGAAAAGUAAAAAGACUGAAGAUAAAAGUAAUAAUUUCCAUGUUAUUUGCGAUAAAUGGCCGAUUUUUCAGUAAUUUUCACCAUAUUUCUACUGCGAUACUAACGCAGUAUGGGCUAAUUUUGCAUAUUUUGACCUCUUUUUGGUAAUUUACAUGGGUUGUUAGUGCUGUUUGAAAUGCACAUAUUAUUUUCUUUGUUGGUUUCACAAUAUUUUACUUUUUAAUACAUUUUUCAAAAUUUUCAUGAAAAUUAGCAGGAAUCUGGAGGCGUGCUUCUUUAACACUUUGGCAGCAACAAAAAUUACCCAUACAACCAGUGCUGACCAAUUUCAGCACACUCAUUUCGUCUGAUCAUGGUCUGCACUGUUCUCUAUUCAGUCAGAACUUUAUAUUUUGAAAAUUUCUCUAAAAAUGAUGAAUGGUUUUGUCCAGAUUGAAAUACAUUGUAUGGAUGAGUCCAUUUAAUAUAUCUAGUGUGGUUGCGAUAUUAUCCAUCUACACUCAUCCAAGUUAACUAUAGAUACUUAAAAUUUAUGAAAAUCAUAUGUACCGUAAAAACCUGCAACAUCAAAGUGUAACCUACUUAUAGUUUCAGUCAUUCAUAUAACUUGUCUGACUAGCUUAAACACGUUUUUCUAAAGUAAAAGAAUUUAUUUCUCAUAAAUUCAUGCUGAUAGGCCAGUCUGGCUGGGCAAUUAUACAUGUAUAUCUUAUGUGUCACACUGAUACCAUUCCAUUCACUUUAUAGUUUUUUAGUGAAAAAUAAAGAGAGAAGAAAAGUAAAUUGUA